GUUGUCGCGUAUCUGCAUACCGCAGUUAUUUAAGAGGAUCGAGAUGGAGAUGGAGAUGCAUAUGGAUGGUGUUCCAAGCGAGAGUGUGUAGCGUGUGGGGAUAGCGAUGGGAGAGAUGGGAUGUUGUGAGAGGAGGAUGGAAGGAGACUAGCAUGAUAUGGAGGAGGUGCUACGGAUUGGAAAUUUGAAUCGAAGCGGGCAGGAGAGGAAGGGACCGAGGGGCAAGAGGGGAAGUCGAGGGAGAGAGAGGAGGGAGAGAACAGAGGGAGGACAUGCAAUCUCGAGGGCAAUGAGACAGAAUAUACUAUUUGAGCUGUGAGAGAUAGAUGGAGAAAGAAGAGCGAGCAAGAAAUGAAACGCGAGUGGAAGAGGACGAAUCGGGGUGUUGUGGCGGGUAAAGUGUGGUAGUUGAUAACUCCACGCUCGCUUAGCAGGGCGGUCUCCAACGCUCGCAGCCCUCCUCUCACCUUCACGCUGGCCGUCGACAUCGUCUUUCAGCCAUGGCCCAGCUCGCGCCGCCCAGCGGAGGCCCCGCAAGGAUAUCGCAGCUGCUGCCCUCGGUCAAGUGCUCGACGUGCAGCGCCCCCGUGCCCCUCGACCAACUCGGCGAGCACGUAUGCGACGUCCCUCCCCUGCCCUCGCCUCCAAAGCCCGCCGCGCCCCCAAAGUCCCCCUCGUCCAUGCUCGCCUUCAGGCUCCAGAACGUCCUCAACCCGAAUAACAACCGCAAGAGCUCGUCCUCGCGCUCACGGGCGCCGUCCACGUCCUCCGUGUCCUCCUACUCGUCCGUGCAGACUGCAUCGACCGCACGACGCUCCCGCCAGCCGUCCCUUCCCUCCGUCCGCUCUCCCUCUCCCCCGCCGCCCCCAGCCCUGCCGCAAUACCGGCCCCAGCAGCCCCAGUCGCCGCCCACGUACGGCCUCUCGCCGAACAUCUCAGACCGGCCAGUCCUCAGCCGGUCGCCCUCGCCCGUCAGCACGAUCCGUUCAGCAGGACGCUCGCCUUCGUCUACCCCGUCGCCGCGCCCUCCGUCCUCGAACAGCUCCCGCUCCCGCAGACCGUCCAACGCGUCCACCGCGUCCUCCUUCCUCCCGCCACAGCAGCAUCGCACCGGCUCCCCCUCCUCCUCCUCCUCUCCUGCUCCCAUCCGUCCUCGCGUCGCCUCCAACGCUUCUUCCAUCCGCCACCAUCAAGGCCUCCGCCGGCCCUCUGCGCAGUCCAUCUCGCCACCCGCUCCACCACCCACGAAUUCACUCCCCCCACCGCCUACCGAACCCUCUUCGAACCCACCCCCUUCUUCUCCUCAGCUCCCCCAACACCCCAGAUCUCCUCAGCCGGCCUCAGUUCCCUUCCCGAGUUCUCCCACCAACACAACUCGCUACCCGUCGCCCGCGCCCUCGCCGAGCCACUAUUCGCAGCAGAACCAUGGGCCCGAGAUCGACACCAAGUCGGGAGGAGAGGCUGGGAUGGCCGGCGUAGGCAGGAGAGGAUUCGCGGCUGCGGCGAGAGCGGCGAUGUUCGCGCAGAACAUGCAGGGAGGAGGAGGGGAGCAGCACAUGGGGCUCUUCAAGCCUCCUGCUGCUCCUGCAGAGUUGGCAUCCCCGGCAGGGAUGGACGGUCGGAGGGCGAACGCGCCCAAGUGGCUGGAUAUCGGCCGUGUCGAGCCUGAUGCAAAGGACCUUCCCGUCCUCUCUUCUUCGCCCAACUCCCUCUCCCCCUCGUCCCCCACACACCACCUCAACGGACGUGCUCACUCCCCGCGCUCCCCCUCACCCCUGUCCAGCACGACACCCACAAGAGCCGACCACGCCCUCCCCCGUGACAACAUCCGUGACAGUAACUCGACCAUCACCGGUGGCGCCCCUAAUCCGUACUCACCCACCUCGCCCACCGGUAACCGUCUCCAGCUGAACCUAAACUCACCUUCCUCCAUCCCCUUCCCGUCCCAACAACCGCAACCAUGGGUGCACAGCUCAGAACCACAAACGCCGACGACCCCGACCACGCCAAGACUUCCCUUCUUCGAGAAGUAUCGGAACAAGUUCGCGGACGUGCCUGUGAAAGUGAACGGCGAGAAUGACGACGAGGAAGACGGACAUAAUAACGGUAAGCCCUUGAGAAGUCCUACAGAUGACGAGUCGGAGCUCGGGCUCGCGUACGCGGACAGCGAAGACGAUCAACAGCACGUCGUCCACACGUCGCCUAGACGAAACCCGUCCGGUGCUUCGUCCUCUUCUGCAUACUCUCGCGGUGGAGGUGGCGCAGGCCUCGAUAACGCGAUGGAAGCCUUAUUACGCUCACCUGGGUCCAGCUCAGCCGAUCUCGACUUUGACGUGCCCAUCGUGCCCCCUACACCGACGAACAACGGUUUCGGGAUCGGAGCGGGAGCAGGGGCAGGAGGAAGUCCGGGGUUGAAGCCCGUGAAGUUACCGGUGCGGAGCCAUACGUCGCCCAGUCAGCGGGAUAGCGCGAGGGUGGCGCCGGGUGGUGUGGGCAGUGCGGCGGCGUUGAAUGUGGGGUUGAAUGGGGCGAGGAGGGGAGGAACGAUUUCGGGUGCGAUUGGGGGUGGACAUGGACAUGGACAUCAUGGGCACGGGCACGACGACGACGAUGCGACGUCGGUGGCGGAGAGCGAGGUCGCGGCGGGGAAGAAGGCGAGUGUGAGUACGGGGACGAGUGGCUCGUCGUCGUCGUCGUCGAGGAAGCCGAGGGUGAGGGAUUGUGUGAGGUGUGGGAAGAGGAUCGAGGAUGGGAGGUGGAUCAGGGUGGAGAGCGGGAAGGGGGUGCUGUGCGAUCGGUGUUGGAAGAAUAUGUACUUGCCUAAGUGCCGGCGGUGCAACCUCCCCAUCGAAAAACAAGCCGUCUCCUCCUCCGACGGCCAACUCAAAGGCAAAUACCACCGCGACUGCUUCAACUGCCACACAUGCCAAAAACCGUUCCCGGACAAAUCGUUCUACGUCCUCGAGGGAAAGCCGUUCUGCGCUUAUCAUUAUCACGAGGCGAACGGGUCGUUGUGUGCGGCGAGGGGCUGUGGACAGCCGAUUGAGGGGGAGUGUGCGGUUAGUCAUGAGGGGGAGAGGUAUCAUCCGGGGUGUUUGACGUGUGAGUGGGAUGGGGGGAGUGAGGAGGAUGAGGAGGAGGAGGAAGAUGAGUCGGAUUAUGGAGAGGAUGAGGAUGAGGCGCCGAGGAGGAGAGGGAGGUGUACGGAGAGAUUGGUGGAGUAUUGGGAGGUGGAGGGAAAGAUGCUUUGUGAGAAACAUAUGCGGGUCGCGGUCGAGGACGAUAGAGGGGACCUGGACAGUCGUACGAGCGGGAGCGCAAGAGGAAGAGGAGGGCUGGACGUCCUCGAUAAUACGAGGGCGCUGAAGCGGGUGACGAGGUUCAUUGAUAUACAGGACUUGGGAGGGAUGGGGUUACGCUGAGUGAUCGAGCGACGGAGUGAUGAAUGAUGCCGGGGAUAGGGAUGGGGUGACGGGGAACAAUGUCGAUCGGACGGAUGGAUGCGACGGAGGUACGGAUGGGGGAAGGGCCGGUGGGUGGCGUUGACGGGCUGACGGGCUUUACAGUAUGAUUGUCAUCCACCCCCACCGACCGACCGACUUUGCCAGACAACAGACAACAGACGAAAAUUCUCCGAGCCGCGCGCAUGCACCUCUAACGCUAUGAAUAUCCUCCCCGCACGCUCGCUUGUAAUCUUGGCGCCACGGCACACACCACACAGUCGAUUGUCGAUGUCGGCGCUCUUGUUGUAAUACUUGUCGAUACCGGCCGAUAGCAGGUAGCCCCUGCGCCGCCGUCACCGCCGCCGUCCGUUCUUCACGCCCCUCUCCGUUUCUCUUUGCUACCUAUCAAUCCUAUCCCGAAUGGCGCUAUCCCCCCUGAACUGCUCGCCUUUCGCCUCUUUCCAUACUGCUACUACCUCUCCACUUGUCGAUACAGGUAGCCCCUCUUCGUUUCUCUCUUAGCAAGGGUGCCAUGAGCACUUGUUCGCUACCUAUCCAUCAAUCCUAUCCUGAAUGGCGCUCUCCCCCCCGGACCUCUCGGCCUUCCCUCCUCUUUCCAUAGUACUACUACCUCCCCGCUCAUCAUCUUCAUCCUGUUCUUUUACCCCUCAUUCUGUCGACCUACCGGAAUAUUUUUGGUGGAGGUCGUGCAUAUAUACCUGACGGGCACGAAUAUUCGAAUACUUUCGAUGGACUGGCGGAUUUUUGGACUGAUGGACGGACAGAGAUAUAACGUAUGCCGCAGCUGCCUUUUUAUCCUUUUUUUUUUGUUUGCUGGGUUUCCAACCCAUAAUCUCCCCCUCCUACCCUGUUCAUUACCCACAUUCACGCACCGGUUUUAUCAUCGUUCACGCGUUCCGUUAUACACCUACCACAACCUCGCCCGACCGCCUACUCACUGCGAUGUGGACUCCGUUCGAUACCUCCCAACCUACGUACCUACGUCUCUUAGCAUCAUGCAUCAUACCCGCCGUCUCUCAUGCCCAAUGCCCCUCACCUCCCGUUCUGUUCAAUACCCCUCCUUACCGAUUACUUGAUUGGCCGUGACGAAACCUCCCUCCCUCUCCCUCUCUCUGAAUCUCUGACUCUCACUCUUGAUUCUGUCUGUCUGUUCCAAUUCUGUCUGACCCGACCCUGCUUGAUUGAUCCUCGGUUGUUUUAUACCUUUAGAUUAGGUUUUUGAUGUUUUGUUUUUUUGUAUAUAAUCACUGCUUGGACGAUUUUCUUUUCUCUUUCUCUUUCUUUUCCGAGUCUUCAUCUCGACCCUCUUUCGUUCCGCAUGCCUUGUCAUCAUUAUUCUUUUUUUUUCUCUUUUUUUUGGCAUCAUCAUUUCCGUACUGGCACCGUCGCUUCUCCUGGGACUUCUCUCUAUUCGCCUUUCUUUGGAUUCAGGACGCAUCUACUAGCACUGUCUGACACCACCUCCCACUCCCACGGGAAUAUUUCUCAUCUUCUCGCUCGGCCUGCCAUCUCCACUUCAUUCAAGUUGACACGAUUAACUACCUACCUGCCUACCUACCUGCCUACCCACCUGUCUGCCGACCGACCGGCCCAGCCUACCGCUUCACGUUCAUUCAC